AUGAAUUUUGGAAUGAAUAAUACAACAACAGCAGCACUUAUUCAUGUUCACAUUCCUAGUUUACGUAUACUUAUUGCAUUUCUUUGUUUUGUUCUUUAUCUAUUUGGUUAUACCGGUUGUCUAUUAUCAAUUGUAACGUUUAGUUCAAAGAAACUUCGUCAUCAUUCCACCGGUUUUUUAUUUUUUGUUAUGGCUUUUGUUGAUAUAUUUAAUUUAAUUGCUAGUUUACAAUAUUUUUUUGAUGUUAUCUAUCAAAUCAAUGUUUAUACAAUAUCUAUACAUUGGUGUCGAUUCUUUACAAUUUUUAAUUAUGAACUUUAUUUUGGAUUUUCAUGGGUACUUGUUUUUAUAUCUGUUGAUCGUUGGAUUAAAGUUGAAUGGCCAACAAAAAGUCAAACAUUAUGUACAAGAAAAAGAUUUAUUUAUUUAUGUUUAAUAGCAUUUAUUUCAAGUCUUCUACAAAAUAUAAUUUAUACAUUUUUAUGUUUCAAUGAUAAAUGUCAACAAAAAAAUCUUACUUGUGAAAUAUUUAUUCAUACUAUAUAUAUAACUAUAUAUAUGAUAAUACCAAUUGCACUUAUUCUUAUAUCUAUAAGUCGUACGUGUUUAAUAAUAAUACAUUUAAAAAAACGUUUUCAUACAUCAAAUCAACAACAAAAUCAAACGAAUAAUGUUUCACGACCUUUGAAAUUAGAUACAAUUGUUCAUUGUAAUUCAACAUCUGAUAUGAAUAUAAAUUCAACAAUUGGAACAACUCAUAUAUCAAGUUCAUUUAUCAGUUUACCAUCAACAACAACAGCAGCAGCAACAACAACAACAACAACAAAUAAUACAAAUUAUCAUCAAAUAAAAAAUAAUCGAAAUCAUCUAACGAAUUAUUCAAUACAUUCACGUCGACGACGUUCACGUUUAGAUACACAAAUGAUUAUAUUAAUAUCAAUUAAUGUUGCACCAUUUAUUAUUGUUCAUAUUAUAACUGAAAUCGCAUAUCUAUUUGAAAAAUAUUCAACAUUUGUAGCACAAUCAAAAGUAGCACAAUUAUUUAUCGUAUUAAUUUAUCUUUCAUGGUAUUUAAUAUCAGCAACACGUUUCUAUACAAAUUGUCUUUUAUCACGUAUUUAUCGAGAAGAAUUUCAAAAUCGAUUAUAUAUGUUAAGACAUGGUUGUAAACCACGAAUUAUUAUAGUUGGUCAAGCACAAACAUGUCAUAAUUCAUCAAGAUUUCAUAUGGGAAGUAUGGUUAAUGGAGUUGACAGUACAAUUACACCGACAGUUAAUAUAAAGCGAUUGGCUUCGAUAUGA